AUGGACGAUUUCACGCUCCAAAUCAUCUGCAUAUCAUCCCUAUUAUCUUUUGCCACCUUUUGCUUCUGCUACUUGUAUUAUUACCAUAUCCUUCAUCCGCGGACUCGAUCGCAAUCUGUCACCCUCCCGCCUUCACCCUCAAAACUCCCCUUCAUCGGUCACCUACACCUCCUAACGGCCAUGCCCCACGUUACAUUCGCUCAACUCGCUCAUAAACUCGGUCCCAUCAUCUACCUCCAGCUCGGCCAGGUGCCCACCGUGGUCAUCUCCUCUCCUGAACUCGCUGAACAUAUUCUCAAAACUCAUGAUCACCUCAUGGCCAACCGCCCUCAGCUCAUUGCCGCUCAGUACCUCUCUUUCGGCUGCUCCGACGUUACUUUCUCUCCGUACGGCCCCUACUGGCGGCAGGCGAGGAAAGUCUGCGUCACUGAGCUUUUGAGUUCAAAGCGAGUCAACUCGUUCCGACUCAUCAGAGACGAGGAAGUCAACCGCAUGUUGCGCGCCGUGGCCGCCCACUCCAACUCGGAACUCGACGUGAGCGAGUCGUUCUUCAGACUCGCCAACCACAUCCUCUGCCGCGUUGCAUUCGGGAAGAGGUUCAUGGAUGAGAAUCAUGAGACGAGCAGCGGAGGAGGAGGAAAGAAGAAGGAAUUGGUGGGAGUGUUGACCGAAACUCAAGCUCUGCUGGCUGGGUUUUGCGUUGGAGACUUUUUCCCGCGUUGGAGGUGGGUUAACUCGGUGAGCGGGAUGAAGAGAAGGUUGACCAAGAAUCUGAAAGAUUUGAGAAUGGUUUGUGAUGAAAUAAUCAACGAGCACUUGAGUGAAAAAAGAGGGCGGAGCGGUGACGUUUUGGAGAAAGAAGACUUUGUGGAUGUUUUGCUGAGGGUCCAAAAACAAGAAGAUGAUCUUGAAGUUCCUAUCACCGAUGAUAAUCUAAAAGCUCUUGUUCUGGACAUGUUCGUAGCGGGAACGGACACAACAUCCGCAACUCUGGAGUGGACAAUGACAGAGCUGGCGAGGCAUCCAAAAGUAAUGGCAAAAGCACAAGAUGAAGUAAGGCAAAUCGCAGCAAGCAAAGGAAGGGUGGAGGAAUCUGAUCUUCCGCAUCUUCACUACUUGAGGGCCGUGAUCAAAGAAACCAUGCGACUGCAUCCCCCAGUCCCUCUUCUUGUUCCCCGAGAAUCUAUGGCCGAAUGCACCAUUGACAACAAGUAUGAAAUACCAGCACGCACUCGGGUUUUGAUCAACACGUAUGCAAUUGGAAGGGAUGCCGAGUCAUGGGAGAAUCCUUUGGAAUAUAACCCUGAAAGGUUUGUGGGGAAAGAUAUUAUUGAUUUUAAGGGUCAAGAUUUCAGGUUUUUGCCGUUCGGUGGGGGAAGGAGAGGUUGCCCGGGUUUCUCCUUUGGGUUAGCAAGUGUUGAGAUUUCGCUAGCCCGUUUGUUGUAUCAUUUUGACUGGGCGCUGCCUCAAGGGGUUGGAGCUGACGAUGUUGAUCUUACAGAAAUUUUCGGGCUUGCAACUAGGAAACGAUCAGCUCUGAAAUUAGUUCCUCUCAUCAAGAAUUUGCCCGUAUAAGCUAAUGCACUCGAAAAUCUUGUAGUUUCUCCACUCCGUCAACUACCCCUUGCUUUUACUUUUAUUUGUCUUCCUGAGUAAAGGAGUAAUUCUGGUAGUUGUUGAUAAUUUUUUUUUUUU